UGCAGUGGGGCCGCUGGAGGCGGGCGGGGAGCAGCCGUAGCACUAUCAGCCCCCCCCCCGCCCCCCAGCCUGCCCUGGUGGCGCAGGCGGAAUCAGCAGGCGGGCGGCAGCCACAGCAGAGCCAGCAGGCGAGGAGGCGCUGCCCGGGGACCCCGCAGUGUCGCGGCCACUGCCGCCCCCUGAGUGUCAGUUUUGUGAUAAGGCUUUUAUGAACUAUUCCUUUCUACAAAGUCAUAUGCAACGCCGCCAUAAGGAAGAAUCUCACACUGCAGAACAAAAGAAGAAAGCACAGACAGAUAAAUUACAGGAUGAGAUCGAUAAGUUGAAGGAAGAGUUACAGCUCACCAAGUCCCUCCUAGAAGCUGAACAACAAGCACAAGUGGUUAGAUUUUCUAAGGAAUAUGAACUUCAAAGAUCAAAAGAAGAAGAAAUUAUGCAAUCUUUUCAUAAAUGGAAAGAGGAAGAAAAAGAGAGAUUGGCUGAUGAAAUAGAGAAAGUGAAAGAGAUGUUUAUGAGGGAAUUUAAAGAAUUAGCUGCAAAGAAUACUGCAUUAGAGAAUCAAUUGUUAGAUUUACAAAAGUCCAAUAUGCAAAUGAAAUCCAAUUUGGGCACUUUAAAAGACAGCUGUGAAUUUAUGGAAGAGAGACCACAGAAUGAUCAGGAUUAUCAGAAUGUGAUUGAACUUCUUGAAAAACAGGAGAGUAAGUGGACUUCCAGAAUACAAGCCCUUCAUCAAGAACAUGAAAAAGAAAGGUGCCAGCUACUGUCACAGAUUGAGAAGCUUAAAUCAUCAAUGACAGCGGACCUAAAUGCAAGUAAUAUCUUCUAUAAGAAAAGGAUAGAAGAGCUAGGGCAGAGACUUCAGGAACAGAAUGAGCUGAUUAUUUCUCAAAAACAUCAGAUAAAAGAAUUGUCCACAAAAUCACUAGCUAAUGUCAAAUCGCAAGUUGUGAAUGCUCCAGCACAGCAUGCUGUAGAACCUAAAUCAAGCCUACCAGCCACUCACGAUCUAGAAAAAAAUGAACACAAAAUAAGCAGAAGUAAGCAACAUUUAAUAAAUGCUUUGAAGACUAAUCCUUCAUUAACUAAAGAAUUACGAAUAGUUUUGGAGCAGACCUUGGUGGAGAAAUUGGAAUCCUUGGGAAUUAAAGCAGGUGUUCGUGGUAUCCCAAGUGACUUCUUAAACAAAAUCUUAAUUUCUGUUGAAUCUGCUCGAGAAGAGAAAGAGAAAGAAGUGCCUGACAUUCAACUAAUUCGAGAACAUCUUGAACGCCAAGUCAGCUUCAGGAUUGAGGAGAGAUCAUCAUCAUCUUGUAACAGGCUUGUUUCCAGCUCUCGUCUGCCUUCUAAAGAUAAACAGAAAAUGGUUCAUGUGGCAACUUCCUCAUUAACAGUGCAGCCAAAACCAGCAAAACGGACUUCUACAACUGUAUGCCUAGCUGGACAAAGAAUGACUGCUGCUGAGAAUACAUCUACACCAAAACCCGGGAAGCAUGUUUUUCUAGACGGGGCUUCCAGAAAAACAUCUAGCAUUGGCACUCCACCAUUCAGCUCAGAGGAGGAAGUAGAUGAUGAUGAUGAUAUUAUGCACGCUUACAUAUCACCGGAAUUACUAAAACCCAAAGCAUCCAGAAACAGCACGAAUAAUUGUGGGAUGGUUACAGGCAAAAGCGAAAAGGACUGGACUGAAGAAAGUGAAAUGAGAGAGACUGAAACACCUUCCAAGCCUUCAAAAGAUGCAGUUAUUCAAAAGCUAACUGAACAAGUUGAAAAGACUCUUUCUAGCCACGGAAAUCAGAAUAAGACACCUGGAGGAAUUAAUGUCACACAGGCAUUUAUUAAAAAAGAAGAUGCACAAGAACUAAAGUUCACAGAAGUUGAUGAUGAUGACUGGGAUAUAUCAUCUGUAGAAGAAGAAAAUUGUUUAUUAGCAAAAGAUGGGAGAGAGCAGAAAGGAACUGCUGUUCUAAAGAACAGUGAAUCAAAUACUGCAUCAAUGGUACAUGCCUGGGGUGUUCCGAAGACAAAUCUGCCUAAGGAGGAAGGAUUUCAUGAUGCUGAUACAACAAGCACAUUAAAAAGCAGCUUAGUUACUGUAACUGAUUGGAGUGAUUCUUCAGAUAUAUAACUGCUCACCUGUAAAUGGCAGACAUUGCUGCUAGAUUGUAAUACAGAGUUAAUGACUCUUUCUAAAAGAUUCUGACUCCAAUUCAUUUUUUCCAAUUGUACAUUUAUAAGGAAGAUUGUUUACAAAAUGUGUGUGUCUUUUAACCUUGAACUGUUUACAAAUGAUUUACAUACAUGUAACAGUAUUUAGAAACUUGGGGUGAAUUUCUAGCCAAACUGAAGCGAAUGGCAAAGCUCUCACAUACUUCACUGGGGCCAGAAAUUCAUCCUAUUGUUUCUUUGUAAGACUGAAACAAGUUUCUAAAAAAUCGCAGAAGCACAACCAGUAAACUGUUUUCUUCAGAUUGUUACUUAUCAGUAUUUUAAAGCCAUUUUUAAAGUAUAUUUUUUCUAUUUUAUUGUGAAUUUUAUAUAAAAAUGUGAACGUUUUAAAUAAUUUUUUCUUUGUAUUAAAAUGUUAACAUUUCUCAACAUGAUUUAAAAUAAGUGUCAAGGGCUGAAAAUGGUAUAGCUUACAGAUUUGUUGCUGUGUGCCUUGAAACUUAAUACUGAGAAAGUAUUUCUGCUUUAGUUGUUAGAAUAGGUUUUAAUGUGUAUUCAUAUAAAACUAUAAAUUACCUCAGUAUAGCUAGAAAACUUGAACAGGAGCAAGGAAGGUACAGACAUGGUAUUGAAUGCUUACAUGUAUUUUUUGUUUUCAUAUGCAAUAAACUUUUGUUUUUCCAGUUGC